AUGUCCUCCGCAAACGCCAAUGGCGCGAACGACAUCAACAACAAGUCGCUGCUGAGCCUGCUCGAGAGCCUGCACCCCGACAAGAGGCACGUCUUCCUGCAGCCGGACGAGUCCCUCCCCACGAGCUCGCUCAAUGUGGUCAAGGAGACGCUGGAGGGAUUCGCGGCCGAGGUUGGCGAGGAGCAGGAGGCGAGGCUGAAGGAGAGCCGGAAGCGCAAGAGGGAAAGCGGACUGGGAGGGAGGAGGGGUGAGAUUGAGGUGUUGAAGCUGAGGAAGGUGUACGUGGAUGGGUUCGAGACGGAGCAGGUGUGGCAGCAGGCGAGGAGGAUCAUUACGAGCGUUUUGAAGUUUUCGGGGGGCGUGUUGGAUGAGUUGGAGGAGAAGGGGGAGGUUGUUGCUGGGGAGAAGGGCGAUGAUGGCCUUGGUGAUGCUGAGGAGGUUGAUGCUGAGGAACAAGAUGAAGACGAGGAUGAAGAUGAGCUCGAUGGCGAAUUGGAUGAGGAUGAGCUGGAGGAUGACGAGCUCGAUGGCGAAGACGAAGAAGACAUUGAGGCACUGGAGAAUGGCCUCGAAGAGGACCUCAGUGGACUUGACGAAGACGAGGAAGAGGAAGAAGACGAAGAUGAAGAGGAGCAACAAGGCCAAGAAUACGUCGAAGACCCCGACGGCCUCAACGACGGCUUCUUCAACAUUGACGAGUUCAACCGGCAAUCGCAGUACUUUGAAGAGCAAGACGCAAGAGGCGACCCCAACACCGACCGAGCCAGCGACGACGAAGAAAUCGACUGGGAUGCAGACCCAAUGACACAAUCCACCGCUGGCUCCAAAAUGGCCGGCCGCAAUGGCAAGUCACAAGACGGCGCAAAAGACCAGCUAAAAGAUGAAGACGAGGACGACGAAGAGGAGGACGGCCCAACUUUUGGCGACAUGGCGCUUGACGCACCUGAAGGCGCGAGCGACGAUGAAUUUGACGGCGACGAGGAGGCUGCGGACGACGAAGGCCUGGACCUCAACGCAAACGGCAUCUACUACAAGGACUUUUUUGCGCCGCCGCCCCGCAAGAGCAAAGGCGGCAAGCCCAAGAAGAGCGUCCACUUCAAGCCCGAGCAGCCCGCUCAAGAGGACGUCGACAGGGCCAUGGCGGAUGUGCGCCGAGAUCUCUUCGACGACGAGUCGGACAACGACGACUCCGAAGAUGCGCUGUCCGACGUCUCGGCGGGCGACCCCAAGUCCCGGCGAUCCGCCCACGAGCGACGACAAGCCAAGCUGGCCGAGGAGAUUCGCAAGCUGGAGGCGGCGUCGGUGGCGAAGCGCGAGUGGACGCUCUCCGGAGAAGCCGCCGCGGCCGACCGGCCCCUCAACUCCCUGCUGGAGGAGGACCUCGACUUUGAGCACGUGGGCAAGCCGGUGCCCGUCAUCACGCCCGAGGUGACGGAGGGCAUCGAGGACAUGAUCAAGCGGCGCAUCCUGGCGCAGGAGUUUGACGAGGUGCUCCGGCGGCGGCCCGACGCAGAGGCGGUGCCGAGCGGGACGCGCCGCGGCAUGGUCGAGCAGCUGGACGACAGCAAGCCGAGCAAGGGGCUGGCGGAGGUGUACGAGGAGGAGCACGUCAAGAAGGCCAACCCGGACGCCUACGUCAGCCAGUCGGACGAGAAGCUGCAGCGCGAGGAGCGCGAGAUCGAGGCCCUGUGGAAGGACGUCUCGGCGCGCCUCGACGCCCUCAGCAGCUGGAACUACCGGCCCAAGCCCGCGGCGCCGAGCGUCUCCGUCGUCGCCGACGUGGCCGCCGUCGCCAUGGAGGACGCCCAGCCGACGACGGCCUCGGCCAUCUCCGGCGAGCAGAGCCGCAUGGCGCCCCAGGAGGUGUACAAGGCCGGCGCGCAGAAUGCCGCCCCCGGCGAGAUUGUCACGAGCGCCGGCUUGCCCGUCGCGAGGCAGGAGAUGUCGCGCGAGGACAAGGUGCGCAGACGGCGUCGCGCAAAGGAGCGCAUCCGCAAGGCUGGCGCGGACGGUGCUGCUGCUUCUACUACUUCUGGCGCUGCUGGUGGUGCUGCAAAGAAGACGCUGUCUACAAAGGCCAAGAUGCAGCGCGAUACGAUUGCAGAGCUGAAGAAGGGAGGCGUCAAGGUGAUUAACCGCAAGGGCGAGAUUACCGACGUCGAGGGCAAGAAGACCAAGGUUGCGGCCAAGGUUGUUUCCGGAGGCAGCUUUAAGCUGUAA